AUUCCCAAUAUCCGUUCGCGCGUUAAUUCAAAGUGUCUAUGCCAUUUGGUGGCUUCUGAUUGGUCGACAAGCAAACUGUUUAUUCUAGUGUGCAUGACACCGUCCGGUUUAUAGAUCUGCGAAACAUCCUUAAAAAGAAGCUUUCAAAUUGAAUCAUAUUGAGGCUCAUGAAGAAAUAGCAAGUUGCCAUGAAGGUUCAUCACUAUUUAGGUUUAUUCUGCCUUGUACUUGCCUUAACUUAUGCGGAUGAUAUAGAUGAUUCGGACGAAGUAACAGUAGAAAUUGAAGAAGAACCAAUAGAAGAAGUAACAUAUUCUAGUCCAACACCAUCUGAUAGCAAUAAAGUCUACAUAGCAGAACACUUUGAUGAUGAAUCGAAAUUUGCAAAAACUUGGGUGAAAUCGGAAGCGAAAAAAGAGGGAAUCUCCGAAGAUAUAUCUAAAUACGAUGGUUUUUGGGCGAUCGAAUCUCCGACAAAGGAUGGAUUAAAAGGUGAUAAGGGUUUGGUGUUGAAAUCGAAAGCAAAACAUUCAGCGAUAUCCUCCCGAUUAUCUCGUCCGUUUAUUUUUAACACUAAACCGUUGGUGGUACAAUAUGAGGUACUAUUUCAAGACGGCCAAGAAUGCGGUGGAGCUUAUCUAAAAUUGCUAACGGACGGUGUCGAAACAAAAAACCUGAAUCAUUUUCACGAUAAAACACCAUAUACUAUCAUGUUUGGACCUGAUAAGUGCGGAACUGAUCACAAAUUACACUUUAUCUUUAGACACGUGAACCCGAAAAAUGCUUCAAUCGAAGAAAAGCAUUGUAAAAAACCAAAGGAAAGAAUCGACGAUUUCUUUACCGAUAAAUUGCCCCAUUUGUAUACGUUAAUUUUAAAACCUGAUAACUCUUUUGAAGUUAUGGUUGAUAAUAAAUUAAUUAAUUCGGGAAGUUUAUUGGAUGAUUUCACCCCACCGGUUAAUCCCCCAGAAGAAAUUGACGACCCAAAAGAUAAAAAACCCGCCGAUUGGGAUGAAAGAGAAAAAAUUCCCGAUCCAGAAGCUGUUAAACCGGAGGAUUGGGACGAAGAUGCCCCAGCGCAAAUUGUCGAUGAAAACGCGGAGAUCCCCGACGGUUGGUUGGAAGAAGAACCCAAACACAUUCCAGAUCCUGACGCGAUUAAACCGGACGAUUGGGACACGGAAAUGGACGGCGAUUGGGAAGCCCCCCUCAUUGAUAACCCAACUUGUGCUAAUUCCCCUGGGUGUGGUAAAUGGGAACCGCCUUUAAUUAAUAACCCGAAAUAUAAAGGGAAAUGGAACGCCCCACUAAUCGAUAAUCCAAAUUAUAAAGGAAAAUGGAAACCAAAACGUAUUCCAAAUCCCGAUUAUUUUGAAGAUAAACAUCCGUUUAAAAUGCAAUCAAUUUCCGCUGUCGGAUUUGAACUUUGGUCCAUGUCCGAUAAUAUUUUGUUUGAUAAUUUGAUUAUUACAGAGGAGAUGAGGAUUGCUGAUGAAUGGGCGGCGGCUACUUUUGAGAAAAAGAGGUUGAAAAUUGCCAAAGAUUCUGAAAGUAUCGUAGAAAAAUUAGCUAAAUUGACCACAGAAUACCCUGCACUUUGGAUUGUGUAUAUUUUAGGGUUGAGCAUUCCCGUUAUACUUAUCUUGUAUGUUUGUUGUAAACCUAGUUCGCCUGCUAGUCAAGAGUCAAAUGCAGAACCGGUUUCAACUAAGAAAAAGACUGACGAUUUAACCCCCGAUGAUAUUCCACCGGCGGAACCAAUAAAUAACGAAGAGGACGAAGAUAAAGAGAAGUAUUCAGACCAAGAAGGUGAAGAGGAAGAGGAAAAAGACCAAGUUGAAGGUGAAGUUGAACCGGAAGUUGCACCUGAAAUAGUGGAAGAGAUACCUCCUAAUGUGCCGGAAACGAGGAAACGAAAACCGCGAAAGGAGUAAAAUUAAAUUGGGUGUAAAACAUUUGCACGUUUUUUAUUUUUAAUAUCCGUUCCGUAAAUUUUUAUAAUUUAUUAAUUUAUAAAGUUAUUACGAUUUGGAGAGUAGAUAGAUUUGAUUAGUAAAAAGGAAGUGUUUAAACUUUGCGUUUAAACUAAAUAAAAAGAAUUAAAAUAAAUAAAUUUUUUUUCAGA